AUGCAUUUUUAGAGUAUCAUGGAAGAGGGUAUGAAAGAAUCAUCAUACCUACAACUUUAAUAAUAAGUUAAUGAAUCAAAGGCACAAAAAGCUUUAUCUGAGAUAUAGAGUCUAGAACGUAUUUGGUUCAGUUGGAUGACUCAGCAAUAGUCAGGAUAGAGCUUGGCCGAGGAAAUGGUUAGGAAGAGUGAUUCGAUCGAUGUAGAAUGCACCUAGGAAACUAAUAGUGUUGACAAGAAUAAUUAACUUAAAAAGUUUUUCGAAAACCUCAAAUAGAGAAUGAUAGAUGAUAAAAUAUACAGUACGUUGACUCAAACCCAAACAACCUAAUUUUUUGAGGAAGUCACAACUCAAAUUUAAAACAAAAUAAAACUCUAUGAAGACAUACAGAAACUAAAAUUAUUGUCCAAUUAUCCAACUAAUACUAAGAGGACGUACUCCAAAUAAGCAAACAUGGUCCUUAAGAAAUGGCUAAUUGAAAACUACAAUAAUCCAUAUCCAAAACAAUAGUAGGUUGAACAAUUAGUUCAAUAAACAAAUCUCACCAACAAAUAAGUUUUAAAUUGGUUUAUAAAUGCCAGAAAUAGUUUAAAAAAUAAAUCAUCUUAGGAAAAGAAGUUUAAGCAUAUUGUUGAAACCAAAUUUAAAGAGAUUGCCACCUAAAAAAAGAGGAAAUUAGAUCAACGAAUUUGA